AUGGGUAAAAGCUACGAAGAUUAUAUAACACCAGCGAAAGAAGCGAAUGUGUACGCAAGCAAUGAAAAAAGUAGGUUUGAAGUUAAGAACAAUUUCAAAUCAGUACAAGCGAAGGAAUACAAAAGUGAAUCUGCUGAGACUAUAGCCUCAGACGAAAUCAAAGCGCGGACGGAAAGAAUUUUGUAUGACGACGACACUAAAAUAUUAUCUAAUGAAAAGCCGGGUACUGGUAUACCAACACGAGAAACGUAUAAAAUGGUUACACCAAAUUAUUAUGCAAGCUUACCGACGGUUGCGGAAAAGUACGACUUCAACGAACCGUUACCAGAAAGAGAUAGAGAGAGGGAGAGAGUUAAAUACAUAGGUAACCCGCCCGCUAGAAUCAAUAAAAAAAUUAGAUUGUAA